AUGGAGAUUAUUCUUUCAAUUGCAUCUAAAAUUGCUGAAAACUUGGUUGAACCGGUUGGGAGACAGUUUGGCUAUCUGUGUCACUGUGACCGCAAUAUUGAGGCUCUUAAUGAUGAAAAUGAUAAGCUGCAAGAAAUGAGAGCUGGAGUUCAACAGCUCAGUGAUGCAGCAAUUAGCAGCGGAAAAGUUCUCUCACAUGAUGUCGAGAGGUGGCUGAGAAAGGUUGACAAAAACUGUGAAGAGUUGGGCAGAUUUCUGGAACAUGUCAAAUUAGAGAGGAGUAGUUUACAUGGUUGGUCUCCAAAUCUGAAGUCACGUUAUUUCUUAAGUAGGAAAGCUAAGAAGAAGACUGGGAUUGUUGUUAAGCUCAGGGAAGAAUGGAAUACGUUGGACAGAGAAACCUAUCCUGCUCCUCCACCAAAUCUUGGAUCUACAUUCACUGGUGGUUUUAAAAGUUUUCAAUCUAGAGAAAUAGUUAUGGGUGAGGUUAUGGAGGUUCUGAGAAGCAAUAAGAUCAAUAUGAUUUCUAUUUGUGGUUUGGGGGGUGUGGGCAAAACCACAAUGGUUAAAGAAAUUAUAAAAAGAGCCGAAGCUGAGAAUAGAUUUGACAAAGUUGUGGUGGCAAAAGUGUCUCAAAAUCCUAACUUUCUGGAUAUUCAACAAGAAAUUGCGGAUGGGAUAGGCUUCAAACUUGAACCGAAGGCUCUAUAUGGAAGAGCAAUUCAUCUGCACGGACAGCUCAGGAGAAUCAAGAGGAUCCUUAUAGUAUUUGAUGAUGUUUGGGAAAAGUUUAGUCUUGAAGAAAUUGGAAUUCCUUCAACAGAUCAGCAUCAAGGAUGUAAAAUUUUAUUAACAUCACGCAAUGAAGAUGUUUGCUGUAAGAUGAAUAACCAAAAGAAUUUCACUGUUGGUAUCCUAUCUGAACUAGAAACAUGGAAGUUUUUCAUGGAGGUAGCAGGUACUUCUGUAAACAAUCCUGGCAUACAACCUUUAGCAAAAGAAGUUGCAAUGAAGUGUGGUGGCUUACCAAUCAUAAUCCUUAUUUUAGGUAAUGCACUAAGAGGUAAAGAAAAGCAUAUAUGGGAAGAUGUGGUGAGGCAAUUACAAAAUUCUAACAAAGUAGACAAUUCAGAAAUGCAAAAUGAAGUAUAUUUGCAAAUUGAGCUGAGUUACGACUACUUAAGAAGUGAGGAUGCCAAGCUAUGUUUUCUGCUUUGUUGUUUAUUUCCUGAAGAUUUUGACAUUCCUAUUGAAUAUUUGGUAAGAUAUGGGAUGGGCCUAAGAUUGUUUCAUAGCAUUUGUACAUUGGAAGAGGUAAGAAACAGAGUACAUGCAUUAGUUGAGAAGUUAAAGAAGUAUUUUUUAUUACUUGAAAGUGGUAAGGCGGAAUGUGUCAAACUGCAUGACAUUGUGCGCAAAACUGCCUUAUCAAUUGCAUCCAAAAGCCAGCACAAGUUUUUAGUGAGACAUGAUGCUGAAAGGGAAUGGCUGAGGGAAGAUAAAUAUGGAGAUUACAUGGGGGUUUCAAUUGUUUGUGAUAAAAUGUACAAGGGUGUUGAUGGUUUAGAUUCUUCAAGACUCAAGUUUCUACAGUUAUUGUCCAUGAAUUGUACUUUAGGCGUGAAAUCUCCAGAUUUAAAUAAUGCAUUUAAAGGGAUGGAAGAACUUAGAGUUCUAGCUUUGUUGAAUAUGCCCAUUUCAUCACUUCCCUCAUCACUCCAAGUUCUAGGCAACCUUUCAACUUUAUGUCUAGACCAUUGUUGUUUUGGAGCAACAUUUGGCUCGACUGAGGACUUAUCCGUAAUAGGAACUCUGGUUAAUCUAGAGAUCCUUAGUUUUUCUGGUUCUGAUAUCCUAGAGCUGCCACAAAAAUUAGAAAAUCUAAGUCAUCUAAGGUUGUUGGAUUUGACAGCGUGUGCUUCUCUCAGAAAAAUUCCAGCAGGCAUUCUGUCUAGGUUAACCCAACUAGAGGAGCUAUAUAUGAGAAACAGCUUUUCUAAAUGGGAAUUUGCCAGUGGAGAAUAUGAAGGAAAAACCAAUGCAAGCAUUGCCGAAUUAAGUUCUCUAUCUGGUCAUUUGAAGGUCUUAGACAUUCAUGUAACAGAAAUCAAUCUUUUGGCAGAAGGCUUGCUUUUUCGAAACUUGAAAAGGUUUAACAUAUCUAUUGGCUCUCCUGGUUGUGAGACUGGUACAUACUUAUUUAGGAACUAUUUGAGAAUUGACGGUGAUGUAUGUGGUAUUAUUUGGCGAGGUAUCCAUGAGUUGUUGAAGAAAACUGAGAUUCUGUACUUACAAGUUGAGAGUUUGAAGAAUGUCCUUUCUGAGUUAGACACGGAUGGUUUUCUUUGCCUGAAGGAAUUGUCACUUGUUUGUUGUUAUAAACUAGAAUGUAUCAUUGAUACCGGGGACUGGGCUCCACAUGUUACUGGCUUCCCCCUCCUAGAGUCACUGUCACUCAGAGCAUUACAUAAUUUAAGGGAAAUAUGGCAUGAGGAGCUUCCAAAGAGUCCUUCCGAGUUACCAUGUUUUGGCAACCUUAGGUCUCUGAAAAUAUUUGACUGUAAUAAGUUGAAAUAUAUUUUUUCAUUGUCUAUAGCCAGAGGUUUGGUACAUCUUGAAUACCUAGACUGCUCUCGCUGUGGCAAACUACGAGAAGUUAUCUCAAGAAUGGAAGGUGAAGAUUUGAAAGCUGCAGAAGCAGCGGCACCAGAUAGUAGUUGGUUCCCCAAGUUGACAUACUUGGAGCUGGAUUCUCUUUCAGAUCUAAUCAGUUUCUGCCAGACUGUCGGUGAUGAUGUGGUUCAGAAAUCUUUGAACCAUCAGUUUAUUUGGCAGGAAGGGCUGACUGGCUUUGAUCAAUCUACCACAGCUUCUUCAGAAAAGAUCCAACAUGGCAAAAUUCAAGCUUGCACCCAGUUGGAGCUAGUCUUUAACAAACUAUUCACAUCCAUCUGGAUGCAGCAGUUGCUAAAUCUAGAGCAACUUGUGCUGAAGGGUUGUGAUUCACUUGAAGUGGUCUUUGACCUUGAUGAUCAAGUCAAUGGAGCUCUUUCUUGCUUAAAAGAACUUGAACUGCAUUAUUUAACUAAGCUUAGGCAUGUAUGGAAGCAUACAAAUGGAAUUCAGGGCUUUCAGAACUUAAGAGCUUUAACAGUGAAAGGGUGUAAAAGUCUGAAAAGUUUAUUUUCACUUUCAAUUGUUGCAAUUCUUGCUAACUUGCAGGAACUAGAAGUUACUUCAUGUGAGGGAAUGGAAGAAAUUAUUGCAAAAGCAGAAGAUGUGAAAGCCAACCCUAUUCUGUUCCCUCAAUUAAAUUCUCUUAAGCUUGUGCAUCUUCCCAACCUUAUAAAUUUCUCCUCAGAGCCCCAUGCUUUUGAAUGGCCUUUGCUGAAAAAAGUGACUGUUAGAAGGUGUCCCAGAUUAAAUAUAUUUGGUGCCGCUGGUCAAUGCUGCUCUUAUUCAAUGACACCACAACCUCUUUUUCAUGCAAAGGCGGUAUUGCAUAUGGAGAUCUUACAGCUAUCUGGCUUAGACAGUUUAACAAGGAUAGGGUAUCAUGAACUUCCAGAAGGCUCUUUAUGUAAACUAAGAGAGAUAGAGGUGGAAGAUUGUGAAAAUUUGUUGAAUGUUGUACACUCCAGUUUGACAGCACGGUUGCAGAAACUAGAAAAGCUGGUUGUGUGUCAUUGUGCUUCAAUUGUAGAGAUCUUCGAGUCUCAAACAAAAAAUGAGGUGGAGAAGUACACUAAAAUGGUUUACCACUUGGAAGAAGUGAUUUUAAUGUCCCUCCCAAAACUCUUGCGGAUAUGCAACAGUCCAAGAGAAAUUUGGUGCUUUCAGCAACUUCGUAGGCUUGAAGUUUAUGAUUGUGGCAAUCUGAGAAGCAUACUCUCUCCUCUUCUAGCCUCAAGUCUUCAGAAUCUGCAAAUAAUAAAGAUAUAUGCUUGUGAAAUGCUGGAGAAAGUUAUUGCACAGGAGAAUGAAGAAUUACAACAAGCAAGGAAAAACCGCAUCGUGUUCCAUCAAUUAAAACUGCUGGAACUUGUUAAGUUGCCCAACCUAAAACGUUUCUGUGACGGGAUAUAUGCUGUUGAAUUGCCAUUGCUAGGAGAACUAGUUUUAAAAGAAUGUCCUGAAAUUAAGGCACCUUUUUAUAGACAUCUGAAUGCGCCAAAUCUAAAGAAGGUUCACAUCAAUUCCUCUGAGUAUCUGCUAACGAGAGACCUUAGUGCUGAAGUAGGUAACCACUUUAAAGGAAAGGUGACAUUGGACAAAUUAGAGAUAUUACAUGUAUCUCAUGUGGAAAAUUUGAGAAGUUUAGGGCAUGACCAAAUUCCAGAUGGCUUUUUUUGUGAACUGAGGGAGAUGGAAGUAAAAGCAUGUGAAAACUUGUUGAAUGUCAUUCCUUCAAACAUAGAAGAAAGGUUCCUAAAACUAGAAAAGCUAACUGUACAUUCCUGUGCCUCAUUGGUUAAGAUAUUUGAAUCUGAAGGAGUGAGUUCACAUGAAAGACUUGGCGGAAUGUUCUUUAAGUUAAAAAAAUUGAAUUUGACAUCUCUGCCAGAACUUGCACAUGUGCUGAACAAUCCAAGAAUUCCGAGCUUUCAACAUCUUGAAAGCCUAAAUAUUGAUGACUGUAGCAACCUAAGAAGCAUAUUCUCUCCAUCUGUCGCUGCAAGUCUUCAGCAGCUCAAAAUAAUCAAAAUAUCGAAUUGCAAAUUGGUAGAGGACAUCAUUGGAAAGGAAGAUGGAAAAAAUCUGGAAGCAACAGUAAAUAAGAUUGUUUUCCCUGAGUUAUGGCAUUUGACACUGGAAAAUUUACCAAAUUUCACUGGCUUCUGUUGGGGGGUUUCUGAUUUUGAAUUGCCAUCAUUUGACGAGCUGAUUGUGGUAAAAUGCCCCAAGAUGAAGUUAUUCACUUAUAAAUUUGUCAGUACACCAAAGCUAGAGAAAGUAUGCAUUGAUUCCCACUACUGUGCAUUAAUGGGAGACUUGAAUGCCACCAUAAGUUAUCUCUUCAAAGGAAAGGUAUAGCUGAUUUUCCAA